GGUCAGGCAUUCUGCAAGAGAGCGCAGGCCAUUGAAUCGAUGAGUGCGUGGCCUCGUCUUGCUCCAGGCUAUGGAAGCCAAGAACGAUGCGUCUAUGCCUACCAUUCGUUUGCAUAUUAAUUGAGACCAUUCAUAUCAUCAAAUAUGGAAAUAUGAGAAUGGAUGCAUCCUUAACCUUUCUUUCUGUAUAGAGAUCCCGUUGGCAUUAUUCAGCGAAAUCUGAGAGAUGUGGGCGUGCGGUUCUAGCUCUACGUUUUUGGCUUCUGCCCUCGGUAUCAGAAGGAUCAGAACACAAGGGCGAUCCGCCGUCUAUACUUUAGAAGCUUCCAUUACAGAUUGCCACGAUUCUGAGUCUAGUGGGCCCAGGAAAGUGGUGGUUGUUGGCACCGGUUGGGCUGGACUUGGAGCUGCUCACCAUCUCUGCAAACAAGGAUUUGAAGUUACUGUAAUUGGUGGCCAUGGCGGUAGUUCAGUGAGCUCGGAGGAUUCAAUUUUUGACCGUUUUGAUGCAUCAUUGAUUCACGCAUUCAGGCAGCCGUCUCGCAACAUAUUUACUCUCUGUAAUGAGCUAGAGAUACAGCCGUUCACGAAUUUGAUGACUUCAGCAGUAUACUCAUCAGAGAGCCUGGAGGUAAAAUUCCCUAUUUUUCAGAAUGUUCCUCGAUUGCCAAGUCCUCUAGGGACCUUUGUCUAUCCAGAGUUCCUUAACCUCUCAUUUUUUGAUCGUUUAACUCUCCUGCCCCUCAUCAGUGCAGUCAUUGACUUUGAUAACACUGAUCGUGCCUGGAGAAAAUACGAUUCUUUGACUGCAAGAGAGCUUUUUAGACAGGUUGGCUGUUCAGAAAAACUUUAUAGGGCUGUCAUCAACCCAAUGAUUCAAGUUGGAUUGUUUGCUCUCGGGGAACAAUGUAGUGCAGCAGCAUUAUUAGGAAUGAUGUACUAUUUUAUGCUUGCUCAUCAGCAAGAUUUUGAUGUUGUUUGGUGCUCUGGAUCAAUUGGAGAGAAAAUUUUCAGGCCUUGGAUGGCAUUUAUGGAAGAGAAAGGUUGUCAGUUUCUUAAAAGCAGAAGGAUAACUGAUUUUUCUUUGAAUGAAGAAACUGGAAAAAUUUCAGAAUUAAUAUGUGGAGAUGAGACUUUUCUUGUCGAUGCCAUAGUAUUUGCUGUUGGAGUUACUGAACUCCAACACGUCAUCGCUGCUAGCACUCUGCUGCAAUCUAGGAAAGAGUUUUUGGAUGUGUACAACUUGAGAGCAGUUGAUGUUAUUGCAGUGAGAUUAUGGUUUGACAGGAAGGUAAAAAUCUUAAGGGCAGGAAAUAUUUACUCCGGAGUAGAUGAUUCAGCUGGAUGGGCUUUUUUUGAUUUGAAUUCUCUCCAUGAAGAAUACAAGGACGAAGCAGGUUCAGUUAUAGAGGCUAACAUUUAUCAUGCAAACCAAUUCUUACAUCUUCAAGAUGAGCAAGUGGUAGCCAAAGUGAGAUCGGUUCUAUCAAGCUGCAUUGAGGGAGUUGAAGGAGCGGCCGUGGUGAAGCAUCUAGUUCUUAGAUGUCCUGAAACUGCUACACUUUUUUUUCCUGGUUCUUAUAAGUUCAUGAUGCGUGGAUCAACAAGCUUUCCGAACCUGUUCAUGGCUGGAGAUUGUAUUGUCAAUCGACAUGGCUCAUGGUCACAGGAGAAGGCAUAUGUUACUGGACUUGAGGCAGCCAACAAUGUUGUAGACCAUCUUGGAGAAGGUGAGUUUGCAAAGAUCAUUGCUGUGGAGGAAGAUGAACCACACAUUGAAGCUUUACGUAGUCUCAAUAGAAAUGUCAAUGAUAUAAGAUCUCAGGUGCCAUUAUUUGACUAUCUUAUCUAAAGUUACAUAUUUUUUUCAUUGUUCAAUGCAUCUAUGCCACAGUUCAUGUAAAUUUUUAUCAAACUUCUCUAUUUUUAUUUUGCAUUAUGUGUACUUGUAUAGAGGUUCAUUAAAUGUUAUUCAUUUUGAUGAAGUAAA